UGGGCACGGGCCGGGCCCGCAACUUUAGAGGAGCGCUUCCCACUACUGCCUAUGGGAGGCGGCCGGAACGACCCUUCCCUGACAGCCCCGGAGCUGCCACCGCCAGCCGGGCCGCCCUUUCCUCCCGCCCUGUCCGCGGGAAGCGGCGGGCGGGCAGUGGGAGGAGCGGUCCCGCCGGAGAGUCCUGUCAGUACGGGAGGGAGGGACCAGGGUGGGCUCCGGUGGGGUGCGCAGCCGGGGCCCGGGGCCCUGGAGCGAGCGGUCGGGAUGCGGUGCGGGAAGAUGGCGGCACCGCCGCCGCCGCCAGCCGGGACCACGGGCGCUUGGGGCGGCGUGCGGCGGCGCUGCCAACGGCUGCUCUACUGGGUGCCGGUGCUCUUCAUCUUCAGCAUCCUCUGCUGGUCCUACUACGCCUAUGUCACCCAGCUCUGCCUGCUGACAAUGACAAAUAUUGGAGAAAAAGUUGUGUGCCUGGUUGCUUACCACAUAUUUUUCAUGCUGUUCGUCUGGUCAUAUUGGAAAACAAUCUUUACGCUACCAAUGAACCCUUCAAAAGAAUUUCAUCUAUCAUAUUCAGACAAGGAGUCCCUAGAAAGGGAGCCUAGAGGUGAAUCCCAGCAAGAAGUCUUAAGACGAGCAGCCAAGGAUCUUCCUAUCUAUACACGGACAAUGUCUGGAGCAAUCAGAUACUGUGACAGAUGCCAUCUUGUAAAACCAGACCGUUGCCAUCACUGUUCUGUAUGCGACAAAUGCAUUUUGAAAAUGGAUCAUCAUUGCCCAUGGGUGAACAACUGUGUGGGAUUCUCAAAUUACAAGUUUUUUCUUCUGUUCUUGGCUUACUCUCUACUGUACUGCCUUUUCAUUGCUGCAACAGACUUACAGUAUUUUAUCAAGUUUUGGACAAAUGGCCUUCCUGAUACUCAAGCCAAGUUCCACAUCAUGUUUUUGUUCUUUGCGGCAGCUAUGUUCUCUGUCAGUUUGUCUUCCCUCUUUGGGUAUCAUUGUUGGCUUGUCAGCAAAAAUAAGUCUACAUUAGAGGUAUUCAGAGCUCCCAUAUUUCGUCACAGAACAGACAAGAAUGGCUUUAGCUUAGGCUUCAGCAAAAACCUAAGGCAGGUGUUUGGUGAUGAGAAGAAAUACUGGUUGCUGCCUGUAUUUUCAAGUCUAGGGGAUGGUUGCUCCUUUCCAACUUGCCUUGUUAAUCAGGAUCCCGAGCAAGCUUCCACACCUGGCGGUCUUAAUUCAACAUCCAAAAGUGAGAACCACCUGUUUCCUGCAAAGCCGCUGCGUGAUUCCCAGAGCCACCUUCUCACGGAUACGCCAUCUUGGUCAGAAACUAAUGCAAAGGCUGAAAAGGACAAAGUGGGUAUGAGCAAUCCUGCAUUAACCAUGGAAAAUGAAACCUAAUUUCUCUUGAAACAAACAUCUGAAUAUGUAAGGAAAGUUCAAGAAGAAGCUGUCCUUGGAAGGAAGACGCAUUUCUUCCAAAUACCAGCGCUGCUGGCCAGCUGCUCCUGUCUGCUCCUCUGCGGAUGUGCUCAGAAAACAAACUGACAGACGAUUUAGCUGUCUCCAUGUCACUGCUUGAAACAUGAAAUUAAACAUACAAUUUCUGAACCAUGUAAAGAAUGUUUUCACUUAAAAUUACUGGGUUUGAAAAGGAUGAUUCUGAGUAUUAAGGGGUGGGGGGGAAAGUCUGAGUUUACAGUUGUAAAAAUUCAAUGGCUGGCUUUACUUUGAUACUCAGCACAAGAAAAAUGUGACCUCCUUACACAUCAGUCCAUGAUCUUGCCUUGGUUUUAAAAAUUCACCUGUUAACUCAAAUUGCUGUGAGUAGUUGACUUUAAAAUCAAUGUUUUGCACUACUGGCUUUAAGAACUGGGAGAAGAGCCAGUGGUGAUUAUGAAUAAUUUAGUGGCUUGGUGGACUGUAUUUUCUUUUGAGUGCUUGAUAAGCAAUUUUUGAAGAUAAGGAAACCCCAGUGAAGUGUCUGACUAUUUUUGGAAAACAUUAUUGCAGAAGCUCCAUUUUCUCUCAGAUCUGCAUUAGCAGUAACCUGGAAAGCUGUGGAGGGGUAAAACCCCUCUUUGUUAAUUGAAUGCUACAGUGGAUCACUGGUAAGUGGAGCGAUAAAAAGCCUGAGUUCAGAUGGGUAAUACAUAAAUGCAGCUGGCCAGGCUGGGGAUCUUGAUGGGAGCUGCACAUGACAGUGCUGUGAAAUGAGGAUUUUAUUGUCCUAUUUGGAGCUGUUAACCUCUUUGGGAAAUUAGUGUUGUCUCUUUACUUUGAUCCAAAAGGCUUUUUACCAAGCUGUGUUCCUGAGGGCCACUGUCUUUCAAAAUCCUAGUUUCUUAUUGAUCAACAGUUGUCUUAGGUUGUUUUUUUUCCCACUUGUUGUUCAAGACACUGCCUUUCUUACUGUCUAAUUAACAAAUACCAUGUACAAUCAGGGAGACUUACUGUUCUGACUUAUGAUACUUGCAUUUACAGGACAACAGAGAUUUGUUUGCCAUACCAAAAAGCAAAGUUGCUGCAGCUAGGAAACCCCUUCAAUUAAGUUAGGAGCUGGCAGCCUUCUUAGGAUCUGAGUUUAUCAGCCAGGUCAUUAAAAAAAUGUAUUAGCAGUUUUCAAAGUCAACGAAAUUUCAGCAACACAAAACCUAAUUGUCUUGUGCCUUCUGUACACACUACAUUUAUGGUGUCAGGGUUUACAUUUAAAUGCAAAUUCCUAUUCUGAAAACAACUUUAGGAGAACUCAAUUAGCUUUCUAGGUGGCUAGAUAAAAAGACUAGUCAAGGGAAAAAAAAAAAGUGAAAACCUCUUAGCCUAAGCUCAGUUCUGUUACCAAACCUAAAGCACUUAGCAAGUUGGUUCACACUGUAAGGGUGUCAGUUGUUUGUUUAGAAAACUGGCAGCAGGACUAAGUGAGAUUUCUGAAACAGAAAUCUUACCAUUCACUCUUCCACAGGCAGGUAACUUUGUCUUUCCAGGGGGGGGUUUACAACUUAAGUGAUUGCUGUUGGAGCACAAAUGAGGCUUUUUUUUUUUCCUAGGGAGGGGAAAUACAUUUAUUUUACCAACCUGAAAACAUCUGUUUCUUGCCAGAAGUGCCAGAGUGUGGGUCCCUUGAUGUAGAACACCUUUUUUUAAACUAGCAUGAAGGUAGCAUACAGUUUACAUGAUGCCUGCAGAUCUCUAGCAACCAAAAGUUUUUUGCAGCUAUUUAUUCAGUGUUGUUUGGUCAGCUUACCUCAUCUUAGUGUUUGUUUCAAGGCUAACUUGUCAAGGGAUAAGGGGGAGAGGAAAAAAACAAACCUAUAUUUUUUGACACUUCAGGUUCUCUACCUAUCUGUAUAGUCUUGGGUUUUAUGCAGUUAGUCACAGGGUAGCUUGUCAUGGAGCAUGCAUUUGAAAAUACUGAGUUGAAAAGUUGAGAUUCAGCUUCAGUGUAACUUGCUCCUUAUUUUUACAUAAAUACAAAGUACAUUUCUUCUUCAGCAAAACACAGAAUGGAAAUGGAUCUCUCUAAUACAGGUGUCAGCCUCCCUUACUGUGGCCAGGGCUCUGAAAGCUUUCAGUAAGGCUGGGGAUCCAUGUAGAGAAAAGAUAGGGAUAAGGAAUCAAGAACCGCCUGGCUUCUGCACGUCUCUCAGAAGUCACACUUGGAAAGCACAACAGCCCUAAAUGAUCUACAGCUUUGAUGUAGCCAGAGGCUGUCCCUCUAGCUGAAAACUGAUGGAGGUGUAAGAAGCAUAUGCUGACAAAGGAAAGGAGGAGAAAGGGAAAGGGAAAUUAUUGUAGCUCAAAGGUAAAUGUUCAGCAGAUUUGAGCCAGAGGGCUGUGGCUACACCUGCUCUCAGGAUGGGUACGAGCUGUGCCUCUGCAAGGAGCACUGUCAGCAUACUUUUGAGGGUUCCUGGCAGUUCCCACUGUAUAGAGCACGGACAAAAGCGAGCUAAUCAUGCUCCAAAGUAUAAUUUCUGGUAUGAUUAUUCUUAUAUAGCAAAGUGAAAGUGGUCUUUUUGACACAUCGUCACUGAGCACUGAUGUGUGGUUACAAUGCACACGGGAGAAUUCGUGGGGAGGUAAGAGGGAAGCGAGGCUGUAACGUUUGUCUGCUUACACCAGUUCUCCUGUUCUUUAUAUUCUUGCUAGGCACUUUACUACAGCCUUUUGUGUAACUUCUGUAUUUUUUUUAAAGACUGCUUUUUACCUACUGUACAGUUACUAAUCUACUUUUUUGCUAAAAAAGUAAAGAAUAUCCCUGAUAUUUGUUUAGCAGUGUGACUGCAUUUGAAGCUUCAGUAGAAGUUGGAUGAGUUCUGCAGACUACCCAGAUGGGCCUGAGUCCCAAUGACAACAGAGUUAAAUUUAUUUUGUAUAUAUGUAAACAGUUCUAUGAAUCAUAGCCCCCUCCAGACGUAAGAAGCUUCCUUAAUUUGUAGGUUUGAACCAAUCUUAAUACAUGUCUGCACCAGAAAGUGGUUCACACAUUCUAUGUCAGUUGAUGUACUGGUGAUGGAGUGCUCAAAAUCUUCACAGAGAACUAUUUUUAUUAUGAAAAUGGAACACUAGAUGUUGAUGAGCUCCUCCCACUGAGCAAUUGGACACAUCUGCUGCCAUGCACUUUAAUUUUUCAACUGGAGAGUACAAUGGCGCUGCCCAGUUUAAAGCUGCAGAUUGUGAGUUCUUCAGGAGCCUACAACUGUGGGCAGGUAACUCAUGAAACCGCUAAUUAAUUUUUAACUGUUGAUGUACUUAAAAUCAGGGUCUUCAAGCAAGGCUUCAGAAAAGCUGCAGGAAGCAAGUUUGCUUUAGUGCAUGGUAUGCUGUAGCUGCUGUUAAUCAUUAUUUGGACUGAGAGUUCUUGCCCUGAUUCAGUUGACUGGUGUGUUGGCGUGCGGGGGAGGAAUAUAUUUUUAGUGUAUAACUUUGCCACUUGUUAAUGUAUUGCUCACAUAAAUAAAUGCUUCUUG